ACUGUUGCCAUUACUUGAAGUGUCUGAUAUGUCGAUCCCAUUGAUGACGGAUCGAAUGCCUGGACACGAGUCGAACCAUGUGGGAAACGAUCGGCUCUAUUUGCCAUGAACUUGUGUUCGUUUGUGCUAGAAAUAGCUCUGAAAGCAGCCGAAACACUGCUUGAAUGGAUGAAUGGUUAAUCUGUUGAUACGUGUAUUAAUUAUGCAAUUUAUAGGUCUGCCUUGGCUAUAUUGCUCAAUGACCUAGGCGUUUGUAUGCUUUUCAAUUUUAUUGAGUUGAACCGUGCGCCAUUGACUGAUUGUUGUCUUCUUGCUUUAAUCAAGAUGAGUCACGAGUGACAAAUUUGCCCCCUAUAACUACGUGGGUAUCUCGUCGCAUCCUCUCUUUUCUGUUCUGGCAGGUGGGACGAAGAGUGACGACGAAGAUGAGGACGGCAAUGAAGCUCGUCACCCUCACCGUGGCAUUGACUUUCCUCAUGAGCGCCAGCCCUCGCGCGUCCAUGGCGAAGGCAGCCAUCAUGAACGCUCCCCCUAGCGCGGGUGCCCCUAGCACGGCUGCCGCUAGCGGGGCUGCCCCUAGUGCGGCGAUGGCGAAGACAGGCAAGGACGCGAAAGUGUUCGAGAUUCUUAAGAACGAGACGCAGUUUUCCAUGUUCUACAAGGCGCUGGUGGAUACCACGGAAAUCUGGAACRUGGAGGGGCGCACGGUGCUCGUCGGCGAGCAAUUGAUCCUGUUCGCKCCCACGAACGCGGCCUUCAGCACUGCGCUCAGCGAGGAGGUGAUGACGUGUCUGCAAAAGGAGCCCGGUCAGGCGACCCUCGCGAGUUUCUUGAAGUACCUUCAAGUUGUCGUUCCCAGCAAUGUCACCGUCCCGCAGGUGAAAACUCCGAAACAGUUGCUCAAGAGGACUAAGGACGGCUUUCUGUGGACGGUUGGGGGCAAGGGCAUCGCCGUCACCGAGGACGUGGAUGGGUCGAUUAGGCUGACAAGCGACGACGGACUGGACAGCGUGACAGUCCAGGAAGCCAGACCCACAGACCCCACAGUGACGCUCAUUCCGCUCGAGGAAGCCGUCAUCGUCGACGAGGAUGUGGGUAACACGAUCUUGAGCAUGUGUUUUGGCGAAGAGCCGUCCCAGUCGUCCAUCGCAGCACCCUCCAGCGGCUCCCUCCCUGCGUCGCAACUGUCUUCCGAAGACUCGGGCGCUGCCUCCUCAAAGGAAUCUGCGACGCAUGCUGAUUCCUUCAGAAGGCUGUGGGAGUUUCUCUUCUAAGGACAUUCUCAUUUUCUGGACAAGUUCAGUUCGUCGAGCUACAAGUAUGGCUUGCAUUUCGUUAUCCUCAUUUAGAAUCU